AUGACUCAAGAAGGCCAGUAAGUAUGCAAAAAUUCCCAUAUAAUUUCCUUCGGACGCAUUCCUCCGCUCUGAGAUUCCUCUUUCUGAGCGUUUUAUUGAAAAAAGUGACGGAUAUCGCUGAAAAAAGUUCGAAUACCGCCCCGUGGCUUUCGAAACAUCGCCAUGUUGUAAAGACGGCUUUAUUGAUUCUCGAAAUUUCUGGAAAAGAAUCGCGAGAAGCUCUCCGAACAUUCUUUCUUUUUUUGGUUUCCCGAUGCGCCGACCAUGAAUUCUUAAUAAUUACAUUAUCGGUUGUAAAUAUUCCUUACGCUUCUGUUCCCUUUCAGACAAUCGACUCACGUACAAUCCAUGAGUUUUUAAUAGUUUGUAUUUCUACGUGACUAUCGAUAUAUCCGAGACGCGAAAAAUAUAUCGUGAUUGUUUGUACAUUACGCGAAAAUGUAUUUCGCAACGUCACGGUAUUUUCAUUCUCCCCAUGAAAAUACAACGCUUUAUGCAUAAUGACUAGCAAUUUUUUUGUCAGAAUCCGCGGGACUUCGCUCCUAACCUUUAUCUGCGUAUCACGAUCACAUGCUGUUUUGUCUGUUUAAAUCUUGCUCCAGUCCCUGCAUUCCGUUUAAAUAACGUAUUUCCAUUUGAAUAAAGCCUUUGCAUUUGAAUAAACUGUUUAUUGAAAAAAUUAUUCAAAAAUGCUUAUACAUGAAAUGAAACUAAUACAUAUCCUCGUGCAAAUUUAUCAUGCGUGUAUAUAUUAUAUGCAGAACUGGUAUAUGUCGUAGACAUACUUCGUGCAAAAAAAUUCUGUAUAGAUACAAAUAACACACGAUGUAUGUUUUAUAUGUAGAAAUAAAACUAUGAACAGCAAUCGAUAUAAAUUGAAAUAUCGUUUUUAUCAGUCUUUUUCCAAUUUUUACCUCAGCUACAUUAUAUAAUUUGCAAUUUAUGAUUUAGAUUGUAAAAUUCAAAGUUGCUAACUUUGAAAUUUGAAAAUUUUUCAGAUUGCCUCCCCCACCUGUUAUGUGGGCUCAAAGGAAAGAAAUUUUAUUUGUUACGAUCUGUCUAGAAGAUUGCAAAGAUCCUGUUAUUAACAUUGAACCACAAAUGAUAUAUUUUAAGGGAAUAGGUGGAACAGAACAGAAAAUGCAUGAAAUAACGAUUAACCUAUACGGAGAAAUUGUUCCAGACAGAACAAUUCAAAAUUUGAGAGGAAGGACUUUAGAGUUAGUUCUUGUUAAAAAAGAAGAGGGUCCAUAUUGGCCAAGAUUAACGAAAGAAAAAACGAAAGCUCAUUGGUUAAAAAGUGAUUUUAAUAAGUGGAAGGAUGAAGAUGAUAGCGACGAUGAAAGCGGCAUAGAAGGAAGUGGUAACGAUUUGGAGGAAAUGAUGCGACAAAUGGGUGGUUUAGGAGGAACUGGCGAUAGCAAGCCAAACUUUGAUGACUUGGACGCCUUAGGAGAUGAAGGCGAAGGAAUGGAUAGUGACGACGAUGAUUUACCUGAUUUGCUUGAAUGA